GAUUCAAUAUUAGUUUUUAGAUUGGGUUCCGUUCUCCAGAGUUUUUGCCCAGCCCUAAAUUGUUUAAUUAAAAGUUCCUAAACCUUGUUUUAACCUAGAGCAUAACGUUCCUUAGGGCUUAGACUAAAGUUAUCGACGAUGGAGGAAGGUGAAGCCACGGGGGCUGAAUUGAAGCGCGUAUGGUCAUCUAGCAAUGCUGAGGAUUGUACGAUGGAGGAGGCUGAGUACCAAAAGCGUGCCAAAGUUUACUGUGGCCUUGCUGGCAGUGAGUGCCGGUCUGCUUCUGUGAUAUCUUCAGAUGCUUCUGUUUCGUCCAUGGAGAAAACUGUCAGUUUUGGCAUUGCAUCUUCUUCUCGGACAGAUACUGAUAUGUUCUGCCAGAAUUUCAUCUUGAAUUAUGGUCGGAAAGAUGAUGAUUUGGAAGUUCAUAUUGAUUUGACUGAUGACCUAUUACAUAUGGUAUUCUCGUUAUUGAAUCACGUCGACCUUUGUCGCUCUGCUAUGGUAUGUCGGCAGUGGAGAGUUGCUAGUGCUCAUGAGGAUUUUUGGAAAGUCUUCAACUUUAAAAAUAUGAAAAUUUCUAUCCAGCAAUUUGAAAACAUAUGUCUUCGCUAUCCCAAUGCCACUGAAGUGAAUGUUUAUGGCUUUCCUGCUGCUAACGCCCUGGCUCUGAAAGCAGCUACCACUUUAAGGAAUCUGGAGGUCUUAACUAUAGGAGACGGUAAUCUCAGUGAAAACUUUUUCCAGAUAUUGAGAAAGUGUAAAAGGCUAAGGAGCUUGACCAUAAACGACGUUAGUCCGGGAAACGGUGCUCUGGAAUUACACCUGAGUCAUAAUCGGCUACAUGAACUUAAAUUUGAAAAAUGCAGCGUUAUGCUUCUGACUAUCAGCUGUCCACAGCUCAGGUCUUUAUCAUUAGAAAGCAAGGAGAUGUUACAGGCGGUGCUUAACUGUCCACUCCUCCAACAUCUUAAUAUAACAUCGUGCCCUAUGUUCCAAGAUGCUGCUAUCCGUUCAGCUACCAUUUCGUGUCCUCUACUAGAAUCGCUAAAUGUCUCUAACUGUUCCAUUCUCAGUAAUGAAACGUUGAGUUUAAUAGCCCAGGCUUGUGCUGGUCUCCGUAUUCUUAAUGCUUCCUGCUGCCCAAAUAUAUCUUUUGAGUCAGUAUAUCUUCCCAAGUUGACGGUUCUCAAGCUUCAUAGCUGUGAGCUUAUAACAUCGGCGUCUAUGACUUGGAUUGCUAAUAGUCCAGCGCUGGAGGUUCUGGAGCUUGAUAAUUGCAAACAGUUGACAUCUGUUGCGUUGCAUCUCUCCUGUUUGCAGAGUUUAAGCCUAGUAGACUGCUGCAAAUUUACAGAGCUAAACUUGCAAAGCACCAUGCUUUCAUCAAUCACUAUUUCAAAAUGUCCAGAUCUUCAACGAGUCACUAUCACUUCCAACGCCCUUCAAAGAUUAGCUCUCAAGAAACGGGAGAAUUUGACAACAUUAGUUCUGCACUGCCAGUCCUUGCAAGAAGUGGAUCUCUCUGGUUGUAAAUCACUAUCUAAUUGUGAUGUCGGUGGUGGGUGCCCAAUGCUGAAGUCGUUAAUUCUUGACAACUGUGAGUGCUUAACAGAAGUGCGGUUCUGCAACUCAUCGUUGUCUUUCCUGUCCCUUGUUGGCUGUCGUGCUGUUACUUCUCUUGACUUGAAGUGCCCUCGCGUGGAGCAGAUCUGUUUGGAUGGAUGUGAUAAUAUUGAAACUGCAUUUUUCAAGCCUGUUGCACUUCGGUCUCUAAAUCUAGAAAUAUGCCCAAAACUGAGUGUACUCAAUAUCGAAGCGCCUUAUAUGGUGUCCCUUGAAUUAAAAUGUUGCGUUGUACUCUCUGAAGCAUCCAUCAUUUGCCCUCUAUUAACAUCUUUAGAUGCGUCUUUCUGCCGUCAACUGAGGGAUGACUGUCUGCCUGCUAUCACUGCUUCUUGCCCACUAAUUGAGUCACUGAUGCUAACGUGGUGCUCCUCUAUUGGUUCUGAUGGCUUUUCUUCCUUGAAAGGCCUCCACAAUUUGUCUGUUCUUGAUUUGUCGUACACUUGCUUGAUGAGUCUGGAGCCCAUCUUCAAGUCAUGCAACCAACUUAAGGUACUCAAACUACAAGCCUGCAAAGAUCUCAUUGACUCAUCACUGGAACCUCUAUACAAAGAAGGUGCUUUACCGGCACUUGAAGAGUUGGACCUGUCUCAUGGAACUCUCUGUCAGACUGUGAUAGCUGAUAUACUUGCGUGCUGCUCACACUUGACCCAUUUGAGCUUGAACGGCAGUGUUAACAUGCAUGACCUUGAACUUGAUUGGGGUUCUGGUGAGAGUACUCAAGAACUAGCUGAAAUAAGUACCAACCGGUUACUAAAAAACCUCAGCUGUGUGGGUUGCCCCAACAUCAUGAAAGUGUUGAUACCGCAUGCAGCUCGGUUUGAUAAUUUAUCAUCACUGAACCUUUCGCUAUGUGUCAAUUUAAAGGAGGUUGAUAUCGCCUGUUCCAGCCUGGCCUUGCUUAAUCUAAGCAACUGUUGCUCUCUGGAAGUACUGAAGCUUGGCUGUCCAAGAUUGUCUACUCUCUUUCUUCAGUCUUGUAAAAUGGAUGAAGCAGGAGUUGAAGCAGCUAUAUCUGGAUGCUGCUCACUAGAGACACUGGAUCUCCGUUUCUGUUCAAAGAUAUCCUCGGUGAGCGUGGUGAGGUUCCAAACAGUGUGCCCUAGUUUGAAGCGCGUCUUUGGCAGUCCUAAUGUUUUGCAAGACCAGGUUUUUGCAUCGAAUGUUUUAUUAUAUAUAACUCUCUCUAGAUUAUACUAAAUGCUAUGGUGUGGUGUUUGGGAUGUAACUAAUGGUCCAAGUCUCUAGUUUCAGUAGUGCUUAUAGUCCCUGUAUUGUGGCUUUUCUUAGGCUGCUUUUGUUAUGACAUUUUUUUUUGUACUGUUGAUUCAUUAGGCCAUUUUCAGUCAAACGCUAAUACUUUAUUUUACGUAAUU